AUGGCUUUGCCAUUCCUGACCGUCCUCCCCCCCUCCUCCUCUCCCUCUCCCUCCCUCCUCUCCCUCCCUCAUCGUAUGGCCUACGACGAAGACUCCUACACCGACAGCAUCACCAUCGCACUCAAAAAUGCAGACGGAGUGUCCCCGGACUUUCUACUGCAUGAUGUCAACAUCGAAUGCAAGAUAGGGGACAUCAAGGGAAGGCUUCACGUCGAGUACCCUGGAAAUCCCGUCCCGCAAUCACAGAAGAUCGUCUUUUCCGGGAGGCUCUUGAAGGACGCGGAGGUGAUAGGAGACCUCGUUAACGGCCACAUGAUGCCGGCAGUGUUUCAUCUUCUCGUCCCAAGGAACUUGCAUGCUGAGUCUUCACACCGCGCUGCGACGCCGCUGGCAGCGAAGAAGGAAGCGAGCGCGGGGGAGAAGAAGACUGUGGUUGAAUCUCCCGCUGCCAGUAACAGCCCAGCUGCCUCCAACCAUCCUAGUGCCUCCAACCCUCCUGCAGCCUGCGUCUCCCCAGCGCCGCAGGGCCAUUCGAACUCGCUCUCGACUCCGUCAGCUGGAGUUUUCACGCCUCAGGCUCAUCACCAGCUCCCCCCCGUCUCGUUCAACUUCGAUCCCUUGAUGUACUCUCCCUCCCUCUCUCCCUCCCCCGUCCCUUUCGCCUUUCCUUGCGAUGGCGUUUCCCCAUCGUCUCUCGCGUAUCAGCAGAUACAACAGGUGUAUUAUGAAGCAUACUAUCAAGCAUACCUACAGUACUUCACGGCGGCAGCAGUCCAACAGGAUGCUUGUACCGAGCAGAAUGAGCAGAACUUGCAAGAAGGAGAGUCAGCAAAGUUUGAGGCAAGGAUGGAGCAGGAAACGUCCGUCCGAUACGCCAGUGUAGCUCAAGAAAGAGAGCUUGGAGAUACUGAAGAGGCGGAGUUGGAUGAAACUGCUUCACGGGGCAUGGCGAACGAUGUUGGAAACGAUGGUCGAGCACGCGGAAGGCUGAGACGACUCUACUCACUCGCUCGAGCAGAUGCGGCCGGUGAGCAGCAGAACGCGGAGCAGGUGAAUCUGCUGCCGGGAGCGCGAGCUCAAGUGAACAAUGACUUCGAGCAUGAGCGGGGCGAGCAAGAGGGUCACGGGCAGCAUCGAACGCUGGUGCUGGCACUGAAGCUGAUGUUCGUUGUGGUCGUUCUGGGUCAAGACGCCAGCCGUGAACGAAUGGUUGCCCUUUGUUGUUGUGCAGCGGCCAUCUUUCUGCAUCAGACAGGCAUCUUGAGGAUCUUUGCCUGGCUGCACCAGGAGCGGGGAGAUCGCCUGCAGUACGACGACGGCGAGAUUGAGCAUGAAAUGAACGAAGAGGAAGUUCCCAACCAUGAGGGACG